CUUGUUCUAGUGUUGUGAUGUUCACUCUACUGGGAAGGUAGACGGGCAAUAUGUACUUAUAAAGAGUGGAAGAGCAUGUUUUAUUCACUUCAGGUUUUCAGCCAUCAUGGACCUGAAAAUGAUUGCGAUGACUUUGUGCCUCGUCGUUUUGGCCAGUGACUCCACUGAAGGUGGUAUCAGUAAAUGCUGUGUGAAAACCAGAAAGAACAUCCCCAAGCCAGUACUUAUGAAGGUCCAAACAUGGUACCUGCAGGACGGCAGAGGCCCCUGUGACAUUGAUGCUCUUGUCAUAUUUGCAGGGGCCUGGAAAAAGCCCAUUUGUGCUGAUCCCAGUUUGGAGAAUGAUCUGAACAGGGUUCGGAAGAUGCAACAGAUCAGGCUGGGAAAAGCACACGGACGAGUGCCAUGAGCCAUUAUCGACACACAUUUUAUUUCUAUUCAUCAUGCAAAACAUCACUGCUGAUUUAUAAUCAUCGAUGGAUCAAAUUAUGCUUUCGGUACAUUCCUGUUCAUGACUGCUCCUGUUAAUGUAGCCUGAGGCUUGAAAUACUUUUUCGGAAGAAAAUAAAAAUCACUUACCUUAUUUUUCUGUUUAUUAUGCUACAUUCACACUUCUUAUUAUUUUUGUUGGAUUCAAUUGACCUACAAAUAAACUCAACCUUAUUGUACUGAA